CAAAAAGCUUCCAAAAUGGCUUCCGAUCUUAUGUAUGGUGGCGGUAAUGGUGGUGGCUCUGGCAGUACAUCUGAUAAGCUAGACUUAGGUGUUGAUUCUCAAGAUGAAACAAGGUUUAUCACUUGGUUUCGUAAGAUGGAACCAAAAUCAGACGAUACAGUACGCUUAUUCGAUCGUGGGGAAUUCUACACUGCACAUGGCGAUGAUGCAACAAAGGUGGCAAAGAUUGCAUACAAGACUUUGUCUGUAUUGAAGCAACUCGGUCGUGGCAAGGAGACUUUGCCAUCGGUGACAUUGAAUAUAAGCAUGGCAAGAGCCUUCCUGCGAGAAGCACUUACAGCAAAGCAACUAAAGGUCGAAAUUUGGUCAGGUGGAACAUCAAAGAAACAUUCUUGGCAAAUAGAAAAAUUUGCAUCGCCAGGCAAUCUUCAACAAUUAGAGGACCUCCUCUUUGCUGACGCAGAUUUGGACACAUCUCCGAUCGUCGUUGCAUUGCGUACACGUGUACAGGAUGGAGUCAAAACUGUUGGAGCUGCUUUUGCCGAUGCAUCCAAUCGUCAAUUGGGUGUGGCAGAGUAUGCCGAGAAUGACUUGUUUGCCAAUACGGAAUCGCUUUUGAUUCAAAUCGGUGCAAAAGAGUGUCUGAUUCCCGCAGAUGAGUCUUGCACAGAUUUUGAUAUCAAUAAACUCAAGACUGUCAUCAACCGUGCUGGUUGUGUUCUGACUCAAUGCAAACGGAGUGACUUCCAACCGAAAGCGAUCGAGCAAGAUGUGACCCGGCUGCUCAAAGAGGACUUACAGAGCGAGCAAAUCCCUGAGCUCAAUCUCAAGAUCGCCAUGGGAUCAAUGCAGGCUUUGCUUAGCUUUUUGAGUUUGCUCAACGAUGAUACAAACUUUGGUCAAUACAACAUUUACACUCAUGAUCUAGCACAAUUCUUGCGUGUAGAUCAUCCUGCCCUGCGUGCGAUGGGUGUCUUCAAUGACCCUGGACAGACUGGGGCAAGCAAAAAUGCAAGCCUAUACGGUUUAUUGAAUCGUUGCAAAACACCACAAGGACAAAGAUUGCUAGCCCAAUGGCUCAAACAACCUUUAGUCAAUGUGCACGAGAUUCAAAAUCGACAUACCCUUGUCGAGACAUUCGUUGAGGAUUCGGCAUCUCGUGAGAAUCUGCAAAACGAUUUCCUACGUUUUAUGCCUGACUUGCAGCGAAACAGCAAGAGAUUCCAAAAAGGCGUUGCCACUUUGGAAGAUGUGGUAAACGCUUAUCAAGCAGUGCUCCGUUUAGACGGUCUGAUUGAUACCUUGUCCCAAGUGCAGGGUUUCGGAGUAAUCGAAGGUGAGAAGCUGAUACAAUCCACCUUUAUUGAACCAUUACAACGGUCAAGUAAACUUCUUGCCAAACUCGUUGAGAUGGUUGAAACUACGAUCGAUUUGGCCGAAUUGGAUCGUCAUCGUUUUGUGAUCAAGCCGGAUUUUGAUGAUCGUCUCAGAAAUAUCCGUGACUCGAUCGAUCAAACUAUCGAAAACCUGCACGAAGAGUACAACAAGGUAAAGCGCGAUUUGAAGAUGGACGAGAAGAAAGUCAAACUAGAAGACUCUCAACAGCAUGGCUAUUGCUUCCGUGUGACCAGAAAUGACAGCAAAGCCUUGAAGGAGAAGUCAAGCAAAUAUAUCGAGCUUGGAACGACAAAAGCCGGUGUCUGGUUCACGACACGUCAAGCGAAGGAUCUUUCAGUGGAUCAUAUUGAUCUGCAAAACAAGUAUUCAACCCAUCAAAGUGGUUUGGUAAAGCAGGUCAUCAAGAUUGCCGCUGGCUAUUGUCCACCGCUUGAACAGUUCAAUGCGAUCAUUGCGAAUUUGGACGUGAUUGUCAGCUUUGCAUUCGUUUCAUCACAUGCACCUAUACCUUAUGUUCGACCCCAGAUCUUCGAAAUGGGCAAGAACGCACCUAUGAUCGUCAAAGAGGCACGUCAUCCGUGCCUCGAAGUGCAAGACGAUCUCAACUUCAUUCCAAAUGACGCCGAAAUGGUCCCCGACGAGAGCGAAUUCUUGGUGAUCACAGGUCCUAACAUGGGAGGAAAGAGUACAUACAUUCGAUCGAUCGGAAUCAUCGCUUUGAUGAGUCAAGCAGGUUGUUUUGUUCCAUGUGCUCCAGGUGCAAAAGUUCCGGUAUUUGAUGCGAUCCUUGCUCGUGUUGGAGCAGGUGAUAAUCAAACAAAAGGUGUAUCAACGUUUAUGGCUGAAAUGCUGGAAACUUCUACGAUCCUGCGAUUGGCAACACGUGAUUCCCUAAUCAUCAUCGAUGAACUCGGUCGUGGAACAUCAACGUAUGAUGGUUUUGGUUUGGCAUGGAGUAUUUCAGAGUUCAUCGCUUCAAAAAUUCGCAGCAAAUGUCUGUUUGCAAGUCAUUUUGCUGAGAUUGUCGCAUUGGCAGACCAAAUUAAACAUGUGCAAAACCUACACUGUAAGGUCCAUGUUGAACCACGUCACGACUCGCAAGCAUUAGAGAAGGAAAGCGAGAUCACACUGCUAUACAAAGUGGAGCCGGGAAUCUGUGAUCGCAGUUACGGUAUUCAUGUAGCUGAAUUGGCCGGGUUCCCUCCCAGUGUGAUCAAGUUGGCCAAACGUAAAGCAGAAGAAAUGGAAGACGUUGACGGGGAGAUCUCUCCACUGCUCACCGUGGAUGCGAAAACAACGGAAGAGGGUAUGAAGAUUAUUGAAGAGUUCAUGCGUGCUUUCGCUUCCAACAAGAGAAUGCGUUCGGAUGGUACGGAGGCCGAAUCUCUUUCAUCUCUUGUUGCUGAAUAUCGUGAGCGUUGCGGCGAGAAUGCUUUUGUACAAAAAGUGUUGGAGAGCUUGUAGAGGGCGAGAAAGAAACAUUGUACAUUAUACCAUUUAUUGAAUAACCUAGAAUCUUAU